AUGGCUCUCAGUCACCUGGAGAACAAGAACUCCUAUGUCCACUUACUCUUCGUGGCCCUCACGUCUGCCUUCAACACAAUAAUACCACAGACCUGGAUUUUUUCCUGGAGCCCCCUCCUGUACACCCAGCUCACUUAUGACUGCACAGCAAAGCACCCAGGCUGUCAUAUAGUGAAGUUUGUUGAUGACACACUCGUGAUGGGAUGCAUUAGUAACAGCGAUGAGUCCAGGGAGCAGGUUGAAUACUUGGAAGAAUAUGAGAUUGUCUCUCCGUAUGAGGUCACUCACCAGGGUGUCUACAUCUCUCAUGAAAUCGUGCACCACCAGCGUACACGGCAGCGCAGAUCUCUCAUCGACACAAGCUCAUCGAUUACAGGCAGUGAAACGGUCCACAUCCGAGUGAGUGGACUUAGGCAGGACUUCCACAUGGAGCUGAGGGAAUCCUCGGAGAACCUGAUUGCACCUGGAUUCACCAUCCAAGUCCUGGGAAAGAAUGGCACCAAGAGCACGAGGGCCUACCAUCAAGAUGACCUUUGCUUUUACCAGGGGAUAUUGAGGUCAAGAGUCAACUCCACAGUGGCACUGUCUACAUGUUCAGGGAUGUCAGGUUUGAUCCGAACACAGGAUGCAGACUACUUCCUGAGACCCGUUUCCCGCCUCCUUGCUCAAACAGAAAAUUUCAUAGCACCGUCCACUCACCAGCCUCACAUUCUCUACAAGAGCGACAGGAAUUCCUGGAGACACCAGAGAGAUUAUCACCCUCGGGUGCUGCAGAAGAGAUCCACAGACUCACAGCCGGACUCGGAUCAUCUUUGGUCUUACAGAGAUAUCAUCAGCGAGAGAUCCACAAACCUGCAGACAGAUCCUGUCAACAGCCGAGGUCAUCACCAAGAGGACAAACAUGGGCAUUACCACGACAACAACCACCAUGAUGAAAGGAAGCAUCAUAUCAGUGGUCAUCACCACCACGAUGGUGACUACAAGCAUGGAGGGAGGCAGCGGCAACACUUCUGCGGCAGACGGAAGAAAUACAUGCCCAACCUCCGACAGAGGACAUCUUCAUCCUCCAGAUGAGUACACGUUAAGCCCAGGAGCAAAAGGGCAGCGCUCAUGAAGAACCAGGCGGGACAGAAGCUCAAUGUGGAGACGUUGGUAGUGGUGGACAGGAAGAUGAUGGAUAACCACGGCCAUGAGAACAUCACCACAUACGUUCUCACGGUGCUGAAUAUGGUCUCCAGUCUCUUCAAAGAUGGUACAAUUGGGGGGAAUAUCAACAUUGUGAUUGUUGGCCUGGUGCUCCUGGAUGAAGAGCAGGACGGCUUGGUGAUCAACCACCACGCGGACCACACACUGAACAGCUUCUGCCACUGGCAGUCCGCGCUCGGGGGCAGGGAGGGCAGACGCCACGACCACGCCAUCCUCCUCACAGGCCUGGACAUCUGCUCUUGGAAAAAUGAACCCUGUGACACCCUCGGUUUUGCUCCAAUUAGCGGGAUGUGCAGCAAGUACAGAAGCUGUACUAUUAACGAAGACACUGGACUAGGUGUGGCUUUCACCAUUGCUCACGAAUCUGGGCACAAUUUUGGGAUGGUUCAUGAUGGUGAAGGGAAUGUCUGUAAGAAGUCAGAGGGGAACAUCAUGUCUCCCACACUGGCUGGCCACAAUGGGGUCUUUUCCUGGUCUGCCUGCAGCCGCCAGUACCUCAGCCGCUUCCUCAAUUCCGCUCAGGCUUUGUGCCUAUCAGAUGAACCCAGAGCAGUGAAGGAGUAUCAGUACCCCGAGAAGCUGCCUGGUGAGCUGUACGAUGCAGACACACAAUGCAAAUGGCAGUUUGGGGAAAAGGCCAAACUCUGCACUCUUGAUUUUAAGAAGGAUAUCUGCAAAGCUCUGUGGUGCCAUCGUGUUGGGAGGAAGUGUGAGACCAAGUUCAUGCCAGCUGCUGAGGGUUCCGCUUGUGGCCCCGAUAUGUGGUGUCGGAGAGGUCAGUGUGUGAAACAGGGCGAUGAGGGUCCCAGGCCUCAGCACGGGCAGUGGUCAGAGUGGUCAUCCUGGUCUGCCUGCUCACGAAGCUGUGAGAGCGGUGUCACCUACCGCGAGCGGCUAUGCAAUAACCCAAGACCUGUAUAUGGAGGGAAAUACUGUGAGGGCUCCUCCAGAAUGAACAAACUGUGUAAUACUGAGGACUGUCCCCCAAACGCAGUGGACUACAGAGCGCAGCAGUGUGCCGAAUUCAACAGCAAACAGUUCAGAGGAUGGUACUACAGCUGGAGGCCGUACACCAGGGUGGACGAUCAAGAUGUCUGCAAGCUGUAUUGCUUUGCUGAAGGUUACGAUUUCUUCUUUGCGCUGGCCAGCAAAGUGAAAGACGGGACACUUUGCUCACAGGACAGCUCGAACGUCUGCAUUGAUGGAUUGUGUGAGAAAGUCGGCUGUGACCGUGUGUUGGGCUCUGCAGCACUUCCUGAUGCUUGUGGUUUAUGUAAAGGAGAUAACUCCACCUGCAAGAUCUACAAAGGGCAGUACACUAAGCAGCAUUACACCAACCAGUACUACGGAGUGGUAAGCAUCCCAGCUGGAGCUCGGAGUGUUCGUGUGAUGGAAGUGAACACAUCGAGCUCUUACCUGGCUGUCAGGGACGCUCAGAGACACUACUACCUAAACGGACACUGGACAGUGGACUGGCCCGGCAGACACUCUAUUGCUGGGGCCAUUUUUGAAUACAAGCGACCCUACAACAGACCAGAGAGCCUCACGUCAAACGGUCCAACCAAUGAGACACUCGUCAUAGAAAUAUUGUUGCAGGGCUGGAACCCGGGCGUACGUUGGGAAUACACGCUAAAGAAAGCUGACGAGAGGAAAAAUCACAUCAAACACAACUACACGUGGGCCAUCAUACGCUCGCAGUGCUCAGCUACAUGUGCUGGAGGUCAGAUGAGCACGAAGUCAGCAUGCUACAAAGACUUGCGAGUGCAGGUGAAUGUGUCCCACUGCAAUCCUAAAUCCAGACCUGCUACUGCAGUGGUGCCCUGCAACACCCAGCCGUGUCCCACCAGCUGGUCUGUAGGGGAGUGGGGGAUGUGCAGCCGGAGCUGUGGAGGAGGGGAACAGAUGCGGCAAAUCCAUUGUGUCCAAAGAACCAGCAAGACUAACGUAGACACCCUGGCUGACUCUCAGUGUGCCCUGACGCCACCAUCCAGGAAGCAGGCCUGUAACACACAGAGCUGUCCACCAGUUUGGAGCACUGGGCCGUGGUCACAGUGUUCUCGUAAAUGCGGCAAUGGCUUGAGGAAGAGGACAGUGGUGUGUACAGGUGCCAAACCCAGUGCCCAAACACACUCACACACACUGCCAGACACUUUAUGUGCUUUCCUGCCAAAACCUGCAAACCAGGAGGCUUGCUUUGUGAAACGCUGCCCGAAACAACGCAAAGUCCAGUGGUUUGUCUCCACAUGGCAGCAGUGUUCGGUAACAUGUGGUCAUGGCUAUCAAGCCCGCAUCAUCAAGUGUGCCGAGAAGGAUGCUGCAGGAAAGUACAGAGAACUUGCCCCCAAGAAAUGCCACCAUGUCCCCAAGCCAUCAGUGGAGCUGCAUAAGCCAUGCAUCCUGGCUAAGUGCCCCAUCCAUACAACCCCAGCAGCCCCCAUACGGAGCAUCAGUCAUCGUGCCAAUCAACCUCUACCUUUCCCUCAGCCUCCACCUCAACCAGAAUGGAGCUUAUCUCCUUGGUCUCAGUGUACAGUAACAUGUGGAGGGGGGGUGCAGGCCAGGACAGUCCAGUGUUUGCUCCAUGGGAAGCCAUCCUCUGGCUGCACCCUUCAUCUUAAACCUACAAUGUCACAGGCCUGCAACACCAAUUUCUGCCCUCAACCAGAAAAGAAAGAUUUGGUGUGUAGGGACUACUUCAGCUGGUGUUACCUGGUGCCCCAGCACGGAGUGUGCAACCACAAAUUCUACGGCAAGCAGUGCUGCCAGUCGUGCUCCAACUCAAACCUAUAAUUAUACCAAGUGACUUUGGCUGCGACUCAGACAGAAAGGUAGUUAGAUAGACAAAUGACUACAGUUUACGUCCAUGCUUGAAAAAACUGUACGUGUGUGACGAGCACUGAAAAAGAAAAACAUUUCAACAGAAGUGCAAGAGAGCUGCGCGCCCUUCCUUCUCCUUUCGAUGCCGGACAUCUGGAUACAAGAGCGUGCCGCUGACAGCGCCAUGCAAGGACGCUAUGAAGACAACAGAAACAACAAAGAACAAGUUUUCAGGAGUCUCCAUUAAAGUGAAGUAACAUGACCAAAGGAAACAUAAAAAUGUCAUAUUUUCUGAAAUUUAUAGACACCUAUCUUAAACCAGAACA